AUGACCUCUUUACAAACGCCACCGCCUGAAAACAGAGAACAGCUUCCAGAGCUCAAUAGCAAGGAGCCUGAACAUUGCCCUGGACCACAGUCGGAACAAGCAGGUAGUGCCGAUGCAUGCCAGACGUGUGAUAACAAAGAUAUAUGCACAUCUCUACCGAAAGGACCUGAUCCAGAUAUACCAUUGAUAUCACAACGCCUUGGCUCUAUAAAACAUAAAAUACUGGUACUCUCUGGAAAAGGAGGUGUUGGUAAAUCUACUUUUACGUCGAUGCUCUGUUGGGCAUUAGCAUCCGACGAAGAUUUAGAAAUAGGCGCAAUGGAUCUAGAUAUAUGCGGCCCUUCACUUCCAAAAAUGCUUGGUGCAGCAACAAAUGAAUCUGUUCAUGCCUCAAAUUCUGGAUGGACUCCAGUGUAUGUGUCCGAUAAUCUUGGAAUGAUGUCUAUUCAGUUCAUGCUUCCAUCCGAAGACUCAGCUAUCAUUUGGAGAGGCUCUAAAAAGAGCGGACUUAUAAAGCAAUUCUUAAAAGAUGUCGAUUGGGGAGAGUUAGAUUAUCUAGUGAUUGAUACACCACCAGGUACAACCGACGAGCAUUUGAGUGUGACAACGUAUAUGAAAGAAGUAGGGAUUGAUGGCGCAUUGGUGGUCACGACCCCGCAGGAGGUCGCAUUAUUAGAUGUCAGGAAAGAGAUAGAUUUUUGUAAGAAAGCAGGAAUAAAGGUUUUGGGUUUGGUGGAAAAUAUGUCUGGGUUUGUGUGCCCAGGCUGUGGUAAUGAAUCAAGGAUCUUCAAGCCUACAACCGGUGGUGGUGAACAACUUGCGAAGGACUUGAAUAUAAAAUUUUUGGGUAGCGUUCCAUUAGAUCCUAGAAUAGGUAGAGUCUGCGACAGUGGUGAAUGCUUCUUUGAUUUAUAUCCUGAAAGUCCAGCCUCAGAUGCAAUAUUGGAGGUUGUUGAAUCGUUAAGGGACGAAAUAGAAGGACAGCUUUAG